AUGUCACCCAUCACCGUUGGUCUCGCCGGCAUCACAGGCAAAUUCGGCCGCCUCCUCGCAUCUAAACUGCUUGAAAACCAGAACGUCCUCCUCCGCGGAUAUGCCCGUGACCCAAGUAAAGUCGAAUCCGUCAUCGCUUCGUCCCCUCGCGUCACCCUUUUCAAAGGGGAGGCCUUCGAUGACGUUUCCAUCAAGCCCUUCGUGCUCGGCUGCGAUGUGAUAGUGUGCACCUACCUUGGCUCCGACGAGCUCAUGGUCGAUGGUCAGAAGAAGCUCGUUGACGCCUGCGAGGAGAACGGAGUGCCCCGCUAUGUGGCUAGCGACUGGUGCCUGGAUUAUACCAACCUGAAGCUCGGCGACCUCUUCCCGAAGGACCCUAUGAUCCAUGUCAGAGCGUACUUGCAGACCAAGAAGAAAGUGGAGGGCGUGCACGUUCCAAUUGGAGGAUUCAUGGAUCCUCUUCUCAGUCCACUCUUCAAAGUCUGGGACCCAGAGUGCAAGACUCUGCGUUACUGGGGCGAGGGGACCGAGCCUUGGGAGGCCACCUCGUAUGCAAACACCGCCGAGUUUACGGCUGCUGUCAUUGCAGAUAGGUCAGCCGUUGGCAUUAAGAAAUAUCUCGGCGAACGAAAGAAUAUCAAGGACAUCGCUGCCACAUUUCAGAAGGUAUAUGGCUUUCAGCCGAAGCUUGAGCGCCUAGGGUCGCUUGACGAGCUCAAGUCGAAAAUGUACGAGGUGCAGGCAAAAAGCCCCACCGACGUCUUCAGUUAUAUGUCUCUGUGA